CUUCCUCUUUGGCCCUCAUCACGGGCUCAGUGUGAAGAUUCCUCAGGGAAAUCUGAGACUUUUUACUCUUCCACAAAGUGGUAGUGGCCUCAGAUUGUCUCUAGCUUUUGGACCUGGAAAGAUGGAUUGUCUGGGGAGAAUGACCAUCUGCCACAUCAGGUGCCCUGUCUUGUAUGCAAGCUGUAUUCCUGAAAAGUUGGGUAUAAACUGGAUUUAGGUAUACUGAAUCAUAUUCUGAAUUACUGGGAGGAUUUGCUCCCAGAGGAACUCUGCAGUGGACCCUUUUAUUAAGUGAAGACUUACUUUGUAAUGUGGAGACUCACUCAGUGAUUUAUGAGUCUGGCUCCAGUUCCAACACCAUCUUCUGAGAUGAUCCUGAUUCCCAGAAUGCCCUCGGUGCUGCUCCUGCUGCUGCCUAUCUUGGGUUCUGCAAAAGCUCAGGUUAAUCCAGCCAUAUGCCGCUACCCUCUGGGCAUGUCAGGAGGCCAUAUUCCAGACGAGGACAUCACAGCUUCCAGUCAGUGGUCGGAAUCCACAGCUGCCAAGUAUGGAAGGCUGGACUCAGAAGAAGGAGAUGGAGCCUGGUGUCCUGAGAUUCCAGUGGAGCCUGAUGACCUGAAGGAGUUUCUACAGAUCGACUUGCACACCCUGCACUUUAUCACUCUGGUGGGGACCCAGGGACGCCAUGCAGGGGGCCAUGGCAUUGAGUUUGCCCCCAUGUACAAGAUCAAUUACAGCCGGGAUGGCACUCGCUGGAUCUCUUGGCGGAACCGGCAUGGGAAACAGGUGCUGGAUGGAAAUAGUAACCCCUAUGACAUUUUCCUAAAGGACUUGGAGCCUCCCAUUGUGGCCAGAUUUGUCCGCUUUAUACCAGUCACUGAUCACUCCAUGAAUGUGUGCAUGAGGGUGGAGCUUUAUGGCUGUGUCUGGCUAGAUGGCUUGGUGUCUUAUAACGCUCCAGCUGGACAGCAGUUUGUACUUCCUGGAGGCUCCAUCAUUUAUCUGAAUGAUUCUGUGUAUGAUGGAGCUGUUGGGUACAGCAUGACUGAAGGGCUGGGCCAGCUGACGGAUGGGGUGUCUGGCCUGGAUGAUUUCACCCAGACCCACGAGUACCACGUGUGGCCCGGCUAUGACUACGUGGGCUGGAGGAAUGAGAGCGCCACCAACGGCUACAUCGAAAUCAUGUUUGAAUUUGACCGCAUCAGGAAUUUUACUACUAUGAAGGUCCACUGCAACAACAUGUUUGCUAAAGGUGUGAAGAUUUUUAAGGAGGUACAGUGCUACUUCCGCUCUGAAGCCAAUGAAUGGGAACCUAACGCUGUCUCCUUCCCCCUUGUCCUGGAUGAUGUCAACCCCAGUGCUCGGUUCGUCACAGUGCCCCUCCAUCACCGCAUGGCCAGUGCCAUCAAGUGCCAAUACCAUUUUGCUGACACCUGGAUGAUGUUCAGUGAGAUCACCUUCCAAUCAGAUGCUGCAAUGUACAACAACUCUGGAGCAAUGCCCACCUCGCCUGUGGCACCGACAACCUAUGAUCCAAUGCUUAAAGUCGAUGACAGCAACACUCGAAUCCUGAUUGGCUGCUUGGUGGCCAUCAUCUUCAUCCUCCUGGCCAUCAUUGUCAUUAUCCUCUGGAGGCAGUUUUGGCAAAAAAUGCUGGAGAAGGCUUCCCGUAGGAUGCUGGAUGAUGAAAUGACAGUCAGCCUUUCCCUGCCAAGCGAGUCCAGCAUGUUCAACAAUAACCGCUCCUCAUCGCCAAGUGAGCAGGAGUCCAACUCCACCUAUGAUCGCAUCUUCCCCCUUCGCCCUGACUACCAGGAGCCGUCCAGGCUGAUACGGAAACUCCCAGAGUUUGCUCCAGGGGAGGAAGAGUCAGGCUGCAGCGGUGUCGUGAAGCCGGUCCAGCCCAGUGGGCCUGAGGGCGUGCCCCACUAUGCAGAGGCUGACAUCGUGAACCUCCAGGGGGUGACCGGAGGCAACACCUACUCAGUGCCCGCCGUCACCAUGGACCUACUCUCAGGAAAAGAUGUGGCUGUGGAAGAGUUCCCCAGGAAACUCUUAACUUUCAAGGAGAAGCUGGGAGAAGGCCAGUUUGGGGAGGUCCAUCUCUGUGAAGUGGAGGGAAUGGAAAAAUUCAAAGACAAAGAGUUUGCCCUAGAUGUCAGUGCCAACCAGCCUGUCCUGGUGGCCGUGAAAAUGCUCCGAGCAGAUGCCAACAAGAAUGCCAGGAAUGAUUUUCUUAAGGAGAUAAAGAUCAUGUCCCGGCUCAAGGACCCCAACAUCAUCCGUCUCUUAGCUGUGUGUAUCACUGACGAUCCUCUCUGCAUGAUCACUGAGUACAUGGAGAAUGGAGAUCUCAAUCAGUUCCUUUCCCGCCAUGAGCCCCCCAGUUCUUCCUCCAGCGAUGUACCCACUGUCAGUUACACCAACCUGAAGUUUAUGGCCACCCAGAUUGCUUCCGGCAUGAAGUACCUUUCCUCUCUUAAUUUUGUUCAUCGAGAUCUGGCCACGCGGAACUGCUUGGUGGGUAAGAACUAUACCAUCAAGAUAGCUGACUUUGGAAUGAGCAGAAACCUGUACAGCGGUGACUACUACCGGAUCCAGGGCCGGGCGGUGCUCCCGAUCCGCUGGAUGUCCUGGGAGAGCAUCUUGCUGGGCAAGUUCACCACGGCAAGUGACGUGUGGGCCUUCGGGGUGACUCUGUGGGAGACGUUCACCUUUUGUCAGGAACAGCCCUAUUCCCAGCUGUCAGAUGAACAGGUCAUUGAGAAUACUGGAGAGUUCUUCCGAGACCAAGGGAGGCAGACUUACCUCCCCCAGCCUGCCAUUUGCCCUGACUCUGUGUAUAAGUUGAUGCUCAGCUGCUGGAGAAGAGAUACCAAGCACCGUCCCUCAUUCCAGGAAAUCCACCUUCUGCUUCUUCAGCAAGGGGAUGAGUGACGCUGUCAGUGCCUGGCGACAUUCUGACGGCCCAGGUCCUCCUCACAAGACCUACCACUCACCUGCACCUAAGCCACUCCUUCUGGACAUUGAAUGGACCUGAGAGACAGAGGCCUGUUUGCUUUUCUCUCUCUCUGUCCCUCGUCUCCCUCCACUCCACUCCCUCACUCUCUAUCCCCGACACAUAUAUACAUUUUUUUUUUACAUUAAAGAACUAAAAAAGAAAAAAAAAAAGCCUAGGGCAGAUCUAGUAAAGAAUUUUACUUGAUAUACCAAAAGUGUUGGAUAACAAAGGCUAGAUAAUUUAGAUAAUUUAUAAAGGUUAAAUGUGCUUGUGUUUAUAAAUGUGCAAAUUAUACAAUAUUUUUUUCCAUGUCGCCUUUUAAAAAAUGGUUUCAGAAAGAAAAACUUGAAGAGUACUAAUGUCUUAGGAAACAUGUGAUCAGGCUGAGGGAAAACACUUGUUAAGUGUGGAGAAUCUGAUGAAAUGGUAUUCGGUAACUAAUCGCAGAUGGUUUUGCUUCCUAAUUUGUCCUCUAGACAUGUCUGAAACGCUGUGUCUUCCUCUCCUGGCAAAGUAGAUGCUCCAUGCUUGAAAAACUCCAGCUUCUGGGAUGGGUGUUUUGUUCAUUCAUGGGCAGGGAUCAGGGUUGAGGUCUAUAUGCAUGGGAAAUUCAGAGAAUGUAUGUAGGAAAAGAGCAUCGACUGCAGGGUCGUAUGAACAGGAAUUGUCAUUUGCAAAAAAAAAAAGUACCUCGUGCAUGGACGUGUUCUUGAACGGAGAAUGGAUGCAGCAGAAGAGGCCUUACGGAGGACAGGUAACAGGUGCGCUGCUCAUUUCUGCAGAGGGCCCUCCUCUUACCUUGUUCAGACAUUAUUGUGUGUGUGUUUUAGUGAGAGCCUGAUUUUGAAUCAGUAAAAACUGUUGUUUUGAUGUCUUGAUCUUAGGUCCUUUGGUUUCUGUCCUCUAAAUCUUCCAGCUCUUUUAGUGGAUGAAUCCCCUAUGGGCCCUGUGAACUGGGCAUUUAAUUUCUCAGGCAUAAAUAUCUGAGGGCCACAAUAGGGAAUGUAUUCUGAGCGUUCUUGAAAGGUUGACCUGGGACUGACGAAGGGAGGUUACAGAGAGAUUGAUGUCCAUUCCUUAUCAGGGAAAACACAGCCAGAGGCAGAACAUACAAGCAUGAAAGAGUGGCCUCCAGAGGUGGGGAGUCCUUUGUCACUGAAGAGGUUCAGAUAUAGGCUGAAGAACUAGGCAAGGAAGAUGUAGGCCUUCAAACACAGAUGUAGACUCAUGGGAGAUGAUACUGUUUAUCCUUCCACCCUAAGAGUCCUUAAGAGGCGCAGGUAGAGCGUGGUGGAGGAGCUGCUCGCUACUACUGCUUAGCGUUCCCUCUUCCUUGGAGCUGGUUUGACCAGCAGAAAAGAAAGCAUGAGACUCUAACUUCAGAAUCCACAGACACUGAUAACACUGUCUAAUGAGUGCACUUAGAACAGAUUCCAAGCUUUCACACUCCACAAAUCCUAAGAUUCGGUAUGAAACUCAAGAAGGGAACCCUCAAUUCCCGUUGAGCAGAAACAAGAAAGGAUUACAGAAUAAGCUUCUCAGACUUAAAGGAAAUAGUCUUGCCCCCUUGGGUCUGCUUCUUUGGCCUUCACCCAGCCCACCUUCCAUACAAUCUCUCAGGAGCUUUGGUGGUUCCCUCUGUCUGGCCUUCAGGGCUGCCCCAGGCCACAGCACAAAUCCCCAACCCCCAAGAUUCAUGUCGUGGGUCGUCUUCCUUCCCCUAGCAAAUGCCCUUUCCCUAUAGUUGUCCUGUGACUCUGAUCUGGUCUCCCAGGACUGCACUUUCUAGAGGGCAUCAGUUUGGGAGCUAUUUCUGCCUCAAGCCAAGUGUAUCGUCUUGGACAAGUCACUUUGCUUCUUUGGACUUUUGUUUCCUUAUCAGUCAAGUGAGCAAAUCGGAUGAGAUGAUCUUGAAGUCUCUUCCUGUUCUGAUAUGUUCAGUGCUCACAGGGUAACUAGAUCUACCAUGGAUGCAGACUCAGUUAUCCGGUCGUGUCCUGCUCUGAAAAUUGUGGCCAGCAAAAGAGAUUGCAUGGGAAGGUCACUAGAAUAGUAAUACUAACACCUGCCCCUUGUUCAGUGCUUUAAAGUUUACCAUGUGUUUCCACGUACAUUAUCUCACUUGAUAAAUGCAGGGAUAAAUGUUCUUUUAUACCUUGUGACCUGCCACGCAUUCUACAUGCUCAAGAUCAAUGUUAACUUCACAUAUUAUUCAGAGUUCUCCAGAGAAACAGAACCAAUAGAAUAUAUAUAUAUAUUUAUGAUUUAUUAUAAGGAAUUGCUUACAUAAUUAUGGAGGCUGAGAUGUCCCACAAUCCACCAUCUGCAGGCUGGAGACCCAGGGAAGCUGCUGGUGGUGGUGUUCUGAGACCCAGAGGGCCAGUUGCAGGCAGGAGAAGGCUAAUGUGUCAACUUGAUCAAGCAGUCAGGCAGAGGGGGCGAAUUCCCCCUUCCUUUUUUUAUUUUUUUCCCUUCUAUUCAGGCUCUCAUUGGAUUUGAUGAUGCCCACUCCUACUGGAGAGGGCAGUUGACUUUACUCAGUCCACCAAUUCAAAUGCUAACCCCAUCCAGAAACACCCUCAGAGACACACCCAGAAAUCAUAUUUAAUCUGGGCAUCAUACGUCCAAGCAAGUUGACACAUGAAAUCAGUCAAUACACUCCACUAGAAUUAAACAGAUUUGAAGUCAGGACCUACAGCCUCUUCUCAUUUAUCCACAAGUCUCUGGCAUCCUCCAUCCUCCAUCUAUAUCCAGACCAGGCCGUGACUUCCUAUGGGGCAAGAGGAGAUACGUAAUAUAAUUCGUCCUUCCUUUGCCUAACAUCCUCCACUUACUUCUUUUUUUUACAAUUCUGCCUCCAUACACUGCAUGUCAUGAUCCCUUAAAAAAAAAUCUCACAUUUACAAUGUAUUUAGUACAUCUGGAUUUUCCUGGCCUCGAGUCAGAACAGUAAUUUAUUUCGGGUGGCUGGCAAAUAUGUAUUGUCACGUACACGUCUCCUUUCCUGAGGUGAGGAGGGCUCCAUCCUCUGGCGCCGAGACUCAUCCUACAGACACGGGUUUCACUUCUACCUUAGCCAUCCCCACUGAGUUUAGCAACACACAUCUAAGAGAGCCGACCGAGUGCGUGAUGAAGGUUAAGUAUGUAGAAUUUUAAUGUCUCUGGAAUCUAACUGAGACAAGUGAUGCUAGAAAUUGUGUAGAGAAGGAGCCAGGAAAAGCGAUGAGAACCUGUGAGGCCCUGUCACCUUUCUAGUAAGUUAUCCUCUUCGUGAUCUGCAUGACGUAUUUUAUGUCCAGAUGGUAGUUUGGGGUAGUCAGAUUUCAAUUUAUACUCUUGCUGGUUAAUGUGCUGACUGCAAAGUCCAAAUCCUGAUGCGCUGUUCCAAACACAUGUGCUCAGAAGAGAUCUGGAGUAGGAAGAGACAUUCCUGGGGCAAAUGUGGUUCUAAUGCUAUGGAAAGAUGGCUUGCAAGUGUACAAGACUGUGUAGCAAAGAGCAUUGCAUGGAAGUGGAGUAAAGAGUGAGUAAGAGAAUGUGCUAUGACUGGACGGGAGGCAGGUGGGGGUUUAGAAAGAAGUCUGCAUACUAAGGGGUAACGGAGGGAGUGUGAGAAGGGCGGAGCAGGUUAGGGCAAGUAGGGGAGGCACGGGGAUCCUGUGGGGAAUCCACUCUGAAGCACAAAAGCAGAUCUCUCUGAAGAGAGAGCUAAGUGAGGACGGAAAAAGUAAGUGUCUUGAAGAUCAAAGCUGAAUGGAUAUGGAGAAAGAAGACAUUCCAGGUGAUAGAGAUUAUAAACAUGUCUAUUAAAAAAAUGAAAAGUCAGGUGCAGAGUAUGACGUGGAAGGGAGCUUUUCGGAGUUUUGAGAAAGGGGAAGCCCAUUGUGAAUAUAAAAACACAUAAACAACCAGCAGGGAAAAAGCUUUUCAUCUCAGAAGAAGUGGGAGACGGAGGCAGUUUCAGCACCUGUGUCUUCUCGACCAUAUCGAGUACUGGGGUUUAACGGUGGUGAGAAGAAAGCAACUCUUUGUCUGACCUAGACUUGGCUUUCCAAGUGCUGCUUUGGAAAUGAAGACCAGGAGAUUGAGGACUUACGGUAGUCCACGAAGUUUUGUGUUCCCUUCUUUACUUCUGGUUAUGAAAUCCAUUUCAAACGAUGCUCAUCAUUGCUGUGCCCAGAAAGGCCACAGGGAAGUGUUGGAACAACAGGCUUAAGUUAGACGAGACUGAAUCUUGUUCGGUAUCUGCACAGAGAGGUGCGUGCCAUGUUGGAACCAUGUGCUUUUCUAGUCCCAUCCAGACUUCCCACAAGAAAACCAUAAUGUGGGGCUAAGCCGUAUGUUUUGAGUAAAGGAGAACAGAAGAAAGGCGAGUAUCUGAAAGGGGGAAGGAGAUUGUGAAGAUGUUCAGAGGAGAUAGUCUAAAACAGAACAGCAUCUGUUUUGCCCAAAACUACAACAAAUGAAGACAAUGACAGUCGAGGCUUAGAUUACUCUCAGUAUAUAGCUAUUAAGUCUGUGAUCGUAAAAUGAGUCUAUAGACCUGGAAUUUGACAUCUUAGUCUUUUCAGGAAGACCUCUGACCUCUGGCAGUGCACAUGGUAGGGCCCUAAAUGUUUCUGGAGGAUGCAGAUCCAGAUCUCUGAGGGAACUUCCUUCUGAAUUGAAAUUUAACACUUUUUCAGAAACAGAUGAAUGUCUUCCACUUGGUAAAUGUCUUGGAGUGCUAAACUGAGAUGGAAGGAGACUGGAAUCAUUAAUGGUGAUUGGAUUUCUGGCAUUUUGUGUUCUCUGCUACAAUUAGCUGCGUUGCUUGGUGGCAGACAUGGUGGGUAAUUGUUUAGUUGCUGUAUCCUUUUUUUUUUCCCCCCAACUUAUUAUUUUGAAAUACUUUAAGACUCACAAGGAGUUAACAAAGUGGCCUUCCCCUAACACCAGGCUUUCCCAUUGAUAACAUCUUAUGUAACCACAGUCCAUUUUCAAAACCAGAAAAUUGACAUUGGUUUAAUACUAUUAACUAAACUACAGACCUUACUCAGAUUUCACCAGCUCUUCACGUGGACACAUUUCAUUUCUGGAUUACUUUUAACCCUUGCUGAUUUGUAACCUGGCCUCACUUGGAUGCCUCAGGAAAGGCAUUAUUUGGAUCAAUUCUACAAAAUCCUAAAGAGCAUAUAACGAAUUAAUCUGCUCUUUUAUCAGUAAGCAAUAUCCUGCUUAGACUGUUUUCACACUUUCUGACUAGUUUGGCUGUCUGGCAUCUGAAACAAUUCAAGAACAGCUUAGAAAAACCAGGCAACACAAAGGACAGUAAGACAUACCCACUGGCUAGAGACGAGGGUAUAAGAGAAAAUUACAGAUGCUUUCUGAAGUUCCUGCGAGUGAUUAGGGUUUGUCUGGUGGCAAGGAGAGGACUUUAGAAUAAACCAGGAUUCUGGUCAAGAGCUCGGUGGCGCUUAGUUAAUGGCGCCAAGGAUGGCUUGUGGAAGGAAUAGAGGACGAUGGUAUAGACCCCUAAUGUGUAAUAAAACACUAUUUUUAGAAUAGUAGAGACGUUUCAUUUGCCUAAACAUCUAUUUUUAAGUGGACUAACAAUCACAUUGGACCAAAUUAAACACAGUCACAGUAGCAACCUGGCUCGAAGCUUGGGGAGGGGCCUGGGGGUGGGGGUGGGGUGUUGAAACUGUUUUUGUGGAUUACAGCUUUGAGUUUCGUGAUGGUAUUUUUAAGUUGUCCUGUUUAAGGGUCACAAGAUUAUACCGGUGUUCACCUCUACAUACCCCAUGUCCUGUAACAUUCCUAACACACAGUGAGCACACGAUAAGUACUUGCUGAAUGUUUUUUUUUUUUAAUGAAUAAAAGAUAGAAGCAGAAACUUGUCAUUCAGCAUAACUGGAGUGAAUUUAGAGUGAAUUGCUUUGCUGUAAUGUAGAGGAUUUAUUUUCAAAUGAGGAAAGAGGAAAAAGUGCCUAGACUUGUACCUGGUGUAGCACAUCCUUCAUGUGUAUAUUUAUUGAUGAUAAAGUUGAUCUAUGGAAAUGCCUUAUUCUUUGAGGUGUUUAGACAGAAAUGCAAGGUAGUUCUCUACUGGGUACCCCACCAAGAGCAGGGAGAGACUCUGGCCCCAAAGUCAGCUCAGUUGAAACAAGCUUUUUAGUUUCUCCUGCAGACACCUUGUCAACAAUUUUACGGGCUUCCAGAGGAAAAAGAUGAGAGUCCUAAGCUAGCCUAUGCUGACCCACAUUCACAACUGCAUGUAAAGAAAGAAUGUGCAAAGGGUCUCAAGGGAAGGCACAAAGGGAUAAGGUGAUCACUUUCAGUGAAAACCUGUUUUCUUGAAAAGAGGCUUGGAAAGAAUUGAAAGUUGAGAGGGUUCCUGCAACACACCAGGAGUUUGUAAUCCAGCCCAUUCAUGUUAUGUCCUGUACUAUCCAUGAUGCCCUGUUCUUCUACCCCAUUGUCUGGUUUCUUUUUCUGAGGACUGAGUUUCUGGAGCAAUGUGUGGUGCAUUCUUCCUACAAGGAGGAAACAUCUGGACUUUUUUCUGCAGGCUUUGGAGGAUGAUGUGUUUUGUCAAGGGGUAAAUAGCAAACUGAUUUAAUUUCUGCUUAAAACUAUCCUAGUCAUCCCCAAAUAGAAUGCAUAAAAUUUCUCUGUAUUAGAAAAAGAAAUGAGAUACCCAUUGUAUAUUGUCUUUUCUUUAUUUAUUCUCUGUAAGUCUGUCAGAUGAUAAAUUGUAAAUAACAAUGAUUAAAGAAAUAUGCUACUGAU